CUAGUCAGUGUUUUCGCUUUCCCCAAAAUCGGGUUUUUUGUUACUAGUGGCUCCACUAGUGAGCGCCUUCACUAGUGGUGCCUGUCACUACUACGUCUCGCGCUUUUUUGUUACGCUAAAAUCACUAGCAGGAUUUCUACUAGUAGCCGUUUUUCUGCUAGCACGAUUCUACUAGCAACAUUUCUACUAGCACCUUGCACCUCCCCGUCCGCCAGAAUUUUUCCAAUAGUAUUGUAGAUAAUUGUAGAAAAUGAAGCUCCGUCUGACGAGGGCCAGCGCGGCGGCGCUGCUUGUGUCGAAGCAACGGCCUACGGUUGUCCAUGCCGUUUCGACGCACAAGGUCGCUAGUUCAGGUACAGGCCUGGUAUAUUUUUCACUGCGAUUUUUUGCACGCAUGACGGGCUACAUCGACAUGAUCAUGCACAUGCCAGGGUGCUGGUGGUGCUAUUCGCUCUAAUUAUAGCGAAUGAGAUUGAGAAAUUGCAAGAAAUAGAAACUUUGAUGAAGUUCAUCAUGCAGGUCGACCAGGAAGCACGCGGGUGAAAAACCUGGACCAGGAAGCGCUCGGGGAUUCCGAUGAGGAUCCGGCAUACCGAGAAGAAAAUUCCGGCGAGAGCGAUGAGGGUAAAGAAAGCGACCCGGGGGUCGACUUUGUGCGCCACGACGGAACGAUGUGCAGCGGGGUGGCGGCCAAAAUCGGGAAGCACGGCUACGGUUACGACGACGACCAGUCCAUUCGGGAUUGCGAAGCCCGGUGUCUGGCGAACUCGGGUUCCUGUGCCUCUAUCAACUGUAAAAAUGUCUGGGUCUGGAAGAAUUCAUGUUUGUCAUGCUUGUCUGGCAUGACUCUUAAAUCUGUCAUGCACGUUACCCAAGAGCUGCGUUUUUCUGUGAUGCAGAAGCGCAGUUUGUCAUGCAGAAUAGGCAACACCCUAGGAGCUCGGAAACUUGUCAUGCUGAGCCAGCAUUUGUAGCCUCAUCAUGAGACGCUACGCAGCAUCACAAGUUCCCAGACCCAGGCAUUUUUACAUUUGAUAGCCUCCUUCGAUUACGUAUUCGCGGAACAGUAUGGAUGUGUCAGAGUUGAAAUCGACAAAGUUGAAAUAAUUUGUCAUGCAUAAAAUGGAUGCCAGUUGGAACCCAGUUUCCAAGUGGCGCAUGACAAAAAAAUGUCGGUGGUCCCUAAAUCCAGUUUGUCAUGCUGUUUAGGCAAAGAGGAGUGAUUUUCUCAUGCUACUUUAGCAGCUCGAGCUGUAACCCCAAACAGGCUUACAAUCGGCCUCACUUGCCUGCUCUGCAACACACGUAUUUCGCGUCAUGCAUUUUCUGCAUCACAAGUUUUUCGAUUUUGUCAAUUUCGAUCCUGACGCUUCCAUAAACAGGAAUUCGACCUGUCGCAGGGCGAGUUGGUGCACGCGAACGUGAAAAUCCCCAAGCGUCGGUGCUACUACCGCGCCGCCGUGGGCUUGGUGUCGCAGACGAACGCGCGGAACUGCUUUUAUGGCGUUCUCAAAUGUUACAUUCUCAACUGUUACGUGCUUCGUCAUGAUGCAAAAUUGUCAUCAGUAUCUACGCGAUCAAGCUGCUUUGCAUAUACAAAUUCUGGAAGGGGUAAGUAGCAUGGAAAUCCGGUCCAAAUUUAUAAUGCAAAACGCGCGCUCAUCUUCCCGCUUUCAUUUUUGCUGUUCUUGCAUCACAAAUCUGUGUAAAUGUUGAGAAUAGAACAGUUGAGAAGGCCAUAGCUUCACGUUGAAGGGCGCAGUCACGGACAAAGUGCUCGGGUUGCUGCAGAAGACGGACUAUCAAAUGCAAAUAUGUCUGGGUCUGGACGAUUGCGAGAUUUGUCAUGCUUGUCUGGCAUGACUCUGCGCUCUGUGUUGCGUGCCCACAAAGAUGUCCUCCUGCCUGUCAUGCAAAAGCGCAGUUUCUCAUGCGAAAUACGCAGCACAGAAGCACGAAAAAACUUGUCAUGCUUAGCGGCGCAUUACAGAGAACCGAUUGUUCACGGACUUGCAUCACAAGUUUCCAGACCCAGACAUAUUUGCAAUGGAUACGGACUCUGCGACUGAUCAUCUGCUGCACCACCAGCAGGAGCUGCAGGGCGGGGAGGUGGAGUAUGGCAUUCUCAACUGUUACAUUCUCAACUGUUACACGGAUUUGUCAUGCAAAGUUGCCAUCAGCCUCCACUUGACCAAGGUGCUUAGCAUGACAAGUUUUCGAAUGGCUAAACAGCAUGAUAAUCUGUGGCAUAUCUGUGAUGCGAAACCUGCAAUAUUGCCACUUUUACUAUUGCUGUUCUUGCAUUACAAAUCCAUGUAACACUUGAGAAUAUAACGUUUGAGAACGCCAUAUGGAGUCUGUUUUCGCGAGAGAGAACGUGGAAAGGAAGAAAAAAGAGGAACAGAAGCUGCGACAAGAAAAAGAAAAGGCAGCUGCACGGAAGUUUUCUGCAAAAGAAGUUCGGUCCAGGCAGUGGCACGAGGAGGACGAAAGUGCGGGAGAGGAAGACGAGAGUGGGGACCACGAAGAUAUGCAGUGCAAAUACUUAUGUCUGGAUGUCAAUGUCUGGAAACUUGCGAUGCUGGGUGGCGUAUCAUGAGGAGGCAACAAGUGCUGGCUCAGCAUGACAAGUUUCUGAGCUUCGUUCUAGGUGUUGCCUAUUCUGCAUGACAAACUGCAAAAAUUCUGCAUGGCAGAAAAAUGGGGCUCUUGGGUGAAGACGUGCAUGACAGAUUUAAGAGUCAACAUGCCAGACAAGCAUGACAAACCUGCACUCUUCCAGACCCAGACAUUUUUGCAGUUGAUAGAAGAUCACGACAGUGCGGAAGAUUUGAAAAGAGUCCGGCACAUGGUGGACGAGGACAGUGAGAAUGAUAUCGCAAGAAAAAAGUGUUACAGUUACACAUUGUGUUGCAGGCCAAGCAAGACAGACAAGCUCGGUCAUGCCUGAUAUGCAUAGGAGCCUCGUUUCAUAGGUGUUUUCCCGUAGGAUUUCUGCAUUACAAGUUUCCUCUCUCAUGCAGAGAAAUUUGUGUUGCUGAAUUCACUACAAAUGUGUAACAGUAACACUUUUCUCGUGGGAUAAAUGACAAGGACCACUUAUUGUGCGGAAAAAUCCCCCCUCCCCAUUACUUAAGUAUAUCGAAUAAAACGCACCAAACGCAAAAUUUGUAUUGCUGAUUUAUGUUUAUUAUCGCAAACACCUACUCUGCAAGCAGGAGCGACUGGAAGCUUUGGGCAGACAGUCUGUCAUGCCGCGUUUUAUUCAGCUGCUACAGUAGAAACAUUUAUCAUGCUGAAAGUAAAAGGCUAGACUUCUAGAAGUAGAAACCGAAACAGGAGGGCUAGAAUACGCCUCCAGUCCCUUUCUGCAAGACAAAGCCGAUUUUUGAGCACAAAUCUGCAUCACAAAUUUUCAUUUUGACCAUGACGAGGGGGGAUUUUUCCUUGCAAUGCCAAGACCACGAAGAGCACGACAGUGCGGAAGAUACGAAAAGGGUCCGGCAUAUCAAAUGUAAAAAUGUCUGGGUCUGGAAGAAUCCGAGUUUGUGAUGCGAAUUCCACAACACGCGCAAAUCUCUCAUGCAUAGGCAGCAAAAGGCUCCCACUUUCUGUCACCAAACAGGGGGAUUUCUCAUGCGGAUUAAGCAUUGCGGAACGUUCUCGAAAUCUGUGAUGCUAGGGCUUCCAUGACAGACCUUCUGCGUCAUGCAAAAACACCAUGACAAAAAUCUGCACUCUUCCAGACCCAGACAUUUUUGCAUUUGAUACGGCACAUGGUGGACGAGGACAGUGUAUGAACUGCAAAAGUAUCGCACUCGUAUAGAUGCAAUACAAAUUUCCUCAGCAUCAGAAAUAAAAUUUGUAAUGCGGAUCUACCUAAAGAACAAGAUUUGUAAUGCAUGAGCGCAAUUAUUACUACGAGUACGAUACUUUUGCACAGGAUACAGUGAGAAUGACAAGGACCACUCCUCGAGCGACGAGGCUGCGCACGAGUUCGUGGCUACGAAGGAGGCAAAUAAAGGAGCAAAAACUGCCAAAACCUCCUCGGCCAACAAGAAGGAGGACCAAAGCGAGGAAGAGGAGUCCAGCAGUGACGAUGGAGAACAAAAACUGAAACAAGCGCAUGCUGAACAACUAGAGGUGAAAAAAAGUUCCGUCGCGCUCCUGCAAGAUCAAGACGAAGAAGAAAAUAUUAAACCAAGUCAUGAUCAGCACGUCGACCAGAAAGCAAGCAAAGUAGCAGCCAAGAAGAAGACAACAACUUCUUCUGCUCACACGACCAAAACUGUGGCAGCACACGUUGAGAAAAAGGUUUUACCUUCGGAAGCUAAAACCAAAGUGAAGAAAACAGCCGCGGCUACGGCGACGACGCAAAAGACGAAAACCCCUGCCGCGGCGGGGUCUCAUCAUGACGUUGAAACAGCAGCAGGAACGAAAAAAAGCGACGAGAGUCGGAGUGCUAAUAAAAAGCUUUCCACGCCGGUCGCAGCUACACACAAGCACACGACAUCAACAUCCACCGCACAGCAUGCUGUGGCGGAUGGUGCGGAAGUCAAAACCGGUGCCGCAGCGACGUCUUCGAAGAAGAAAACAAGUGUGAAGACCAUGGAGGCCAGCGAGCACGACACAAAGAAGACUACUACUGCAGCAGCGGCCAAGGAGGUCAAACUCCCCGGCAGCGGCGCGACGGAGGCUUCCUCGAACAAAAAAGCAAAGGGCACAGCAGCGCCAUCUAGUACAACAACUUCCAAAGCUGGCGCUGGAGCGAAGAGGACAGUGGUCUCUGCAGCAACUACGUCAUCAUCCGUCACAGCAAGUAGUAAAAAGAGCAAGGCCACCUCUGCAGCACGACCGAGUACUACAAAAAAAGCCCCAGCAACAGCAGCCGCCAGUAAACCCCCGCCGACCGGUAUCCAACGAAAAAACUGUAUUCACUGUGAUGAUUUUGCAAGAACCGCAUCACAAGUUUGUUACACAUGACACAGAAAAUUUGCCAUGCGCGUUUCCCAAGGGAAAACACGCUUGAAAAUUCAAUGUCUUGCAGGUGUAGCAAGAGAGACACUUUGGUGCUUCAUUUUCUGCAUCACAAAUUCACAGUGAAACAGUUUUUUCUUGCGAUAACCGGCGCGAAAAUGAAGGGUAUGAAGAAAAAGGACAUUGCCCUGAUGCAAAUGUUAUGAACUGCAAAAGUAUCGUACGCGUAUUGCAAUCAUGCAUUACAAAUCUUUCUCUCAAGGUUAAUCCGCAUUACAAAUUUUAUUUUUCAUGCUGAGGAGAUUUGUAAUGCACUGACUUAUAGAUACGAGUGCGAUACUUUUGCACAGGAUAAAUGUCCGAGGCCGAACGGUUGCGGAACACAGCGCUAGAGAACAUGUCGGUUGAGGAACGCCGGGAGGUGGCCGAGGAGGCGUAUCGCAACGAAGGCCGGGAGGAAAUGGGCGACAUGCUGACGGAGGCGGAGAUGGAGCUGCGCGAGUUCAACCUGAGGGACCACAGCGCCGGCACUUCUUCUAACCCGCAGACAGACCAGGACGAAGGGAACGAAGGUGGCGUCCCGGAAACAGCGGCGGAAAGAGAGGAGGAGAAAAUGCAAGCUGCGGAGGAAAAGGAGGCAGCGAAGGUCCAAAAAGCGAAGGAAUUGCAGGAGGAGAAGCGGCGGCGGUACAUUCGGGAGUCCGGGUAUGGAAGUGUCAGAAUCGAAAUUGACAAAAUGAAAAUCGAGAAACUUGCGACGCAUAAAAUAGAUACCAGUUGGAGCCUCAGUUUGCAAGCGGCGCAUGACAAAUUUCGGGAGCUGCACGACCCAAAUCCAGUCUGUCAGCAUGCUGUUUGGGCAAAGAAGACCGCUCCUGUCGUGCUACUCUGACAGCGCAUUGCGUGCCCCUAGUAUGAGAGAGGCUUGCAACCGGUCUCAUUUGCCUGCUCCCCAAUAUUACAGGCCUCCAGUGCCCUACAUUUUACGCAUCACAAAUUUUUCGAUUUUGUCGAUUUCGAUCCUGCCACAUCCAUACUGGGCUGGAAAUCGAGAUUGCGAAGUCCACCAGCAGUGGGAGCAAAGCGAAAGCUAUCGCAAAAAAAAAGUGUUACAGUUACACAUUGUCAUGCAAGACUGGCAACAGAGACAACCUUUCUCAUGCAGGAAAUGCUUCGGAGCUUCGUUUCCCUCCUGCUUUAUUCCCUUAUGAUCUUCGCAUUACAACAAGUUUUCUCUGCCACACAGAGAAAAUUUGUGAUGCAGAAACUCCAACAAGUGUGUAACUGUAACAGUUUUUGCUCGUGAUAAAAGCCGGCGGCGGUGCGGGGCACAAGACCAUGGAAGUAGAUGAGGAGGCGGAGGACGGUAUCCUGAGUAAAAACGUCCCCACCCCAUAGUCAAGAUGGGCAUCUCGCAACACAAAUCGAGAAGUUUUGGGAGUCAAGCAUGACAAGUUCCUCUCUGUAGUGUAGUGCAGUUUAGCAAGUACAGCCGCAACACAAAUCCAUCUAGUCAUCCUGUUUACAGCAUUUGCAUAUACAAAGUCCAAAACGCGAUGGGAAAUACCUCUCAUGGGGAAGAUGCGCAUUACAAAUCUUGCUGUAACUGCAAAUCUGCAUGACAACUCUGGGGCGUUUUUACUCAGUAUAAACGGUAAGCUUUGUCCCAUGAUCUUUGCUUCUUCUACGUCGGAUUCGGAACUACUUCCAGAUGAAACACAAUAAACGAAGAUGCUGCAGCAGCUCCAUAGAAGUACAACGCAAUUGCGAGUUGCAGUUCCUCGACGUCGUGUCCACCUUGUCCUGCUUCUUGUAACAGCAUCGAUCUUCAGAAGUUCUUGCACUUAAACUCAAUCGUUUGUACCGAGAUAAUCUCUGCUUACAACAAAAACCGCUCCACGAAAUUGAAAUAAAGUAAGUAUGCCACGCACGUGUUUACAAACAUUUCUCGAACAACAUCAACAGGCGAGGCGCCUACCCUGCUGCUGGAGAGCACCCGGAAACAAGAGGAGGGACAGACAGGUGAGCAAGAGGAAGCUACCGAAUUUGGGGAGAGUGGUCUCGCGAAAACGGUCAUGACCGUCGAACAGCUCGACAAGCUGAUCGCGGAAAAGGAAAAGCGAGAAAAGGAAGAGGCCGACAGGGACGAAGGUAUUGUGAGGAGAAACGUCCCCACCCCGUAGUAAUCAAGUUUUGGGAGCUAUGCAUGACAAGUUCCGCCCAUAUGUAGAAGUGUAGUGCUGUUUGGGAAGGAGAAGGACAGCAGCAUCGCAAAGACGCCUCCUUAUCCUGUUUACAGCAUUACAAAUUUCCGAUUCAGAGCACGAUUUGUCUUACAAACUCCUUUCUUGCGGAUGUGCAUUUACAGAUUUUUCUGAAGAUGCAAAUCUGCAUGACAACUGUGGGCUAGUAUCGCUAUGGGGACGUUUUUCAAUGGGAUAGAAGGCGAGCGGCAUCAUGGGGGAGUGGAUGCAGCCCUAGCGGUGGAAAAUGCGGAGGACGAUGAGGAUAUCCUGUGGAGGAAAAGUAGCGCACUCGUAUUGCAAUCAUGCACUACAAUUUUUUUUUUUUAAGGUAAAAAAUCCGCAUUACAAAUUUUACUUCUCAUACUGAGGAAAUUUGUAAUGCAUUUUAUAGGAUACAAGUAUAGCGAUACUUUUGCAGUUCAUACAGGAAGAAUCUUCCGAGGACGAGGGAAAAAAUGAGGAGGCGGAAGACAUGGCAAGAGAGGCCCGGAAACAAGAAAAACCGAAACGCGCCAAAACGAAGGCAGCUGCUUCUGAGGAGGAUGUGGAUACAGGAGAUGACAAACUGUCGCUGGCGCAGCUGUCGAAGAGGGCGACGGAGAGCGCUAGUACGGCAGACAAGCAGCUCGCGCUGGCGCAGACCGAGAGGACCGCGCGCACAUCGUAUCAAAUGCAAAAAUGUCUGGGUCUCGAAGAAUCCGAACUUGUGAUGCGUGUUGCGGAUCAUACAAAAAUCUGUGUUGCAUGACUUGCAAAAGGUCCCCAAUUCUGGCCAUGCUGAGGGGGCAUUUCUCAUGCAGAAUAGGCAUCACCAAGGGACUGCAGAACGUGUGAUGCUACUCCCUGCAUUCCAGACUUGGCGGAGCUUGGAAAAACUGCAUGACAAGUCUCGGAAUCUUCCAGACCUAGACACUUUUGCACUUGAUACAUCGCUGCCAUCCGCAACGUGCGCGCCGGAGCUGGACAUGGUGCAGGAGGGGCUCUUACCAAGUGCAAAAAUGUCUGGGUCUGGAAGAAUGCAACUUGUCAUGCUAAAUCUGAAUCAUACAAAAAUCUGUGUUGCAUGAUAACCAAUAAACCUGUUCACUUUUGAGAAGGCCGAGAGGCAGUUUCUCACGCAAAAAAGUCAUGGUAAAGAUCUCGCAGAAUCUGUGAUGCAAGGGCAUGCAUCACAGACCUCACACGUCAUGCAAAACCUGCAUGACAAGUCUGGCAUUCUUCCAGACCCAGACAUUUUUGCAUUUGAUAAUUUUCUGCCGGCAUGCAGUACAUGUUCGACGAUAGCUAUCCCACGAAAAAACUGUUUCACUGUGAUGAUCUUGCAAGAUCCGCAUCACAAGUUUGUUACACAUGACACAGAAGUAAAUUUGCCAUGCGCGGCGCUUCCAAAGCGAAAACACCGUUAAAGAGGCGAGGUCUUGCAGGUGUGGCAAGACAAAUAGAUCUGUGUUUCAUUCUAUGCAUCUUCACAAGUUCACCAUGAAGCAGUUUUUUUCUUGCGAUAAUAGCGCGGGCACCGAGGCGAUGUUGGGCGCCAUUAGGCAGGCGCUUUGGAAGCCCGACUAUCCUUAGGAAAAACGUCCCGACCCCAGAAUCAAGAUGGGGAUUUUGCAACACAAACCUUGAAGUUUUGGGAGCCCGGAAUGAAAAAUUCCAGGCUGUAGCGUGGUGCAGUUUGGCAAGGGAAGUUGCAUUACAAAUCCAUCUGCUAAUCCUGUUUACAGCAUUACAAGUUCCAAAACACGAUCGGAAAUGCCUACGAUAGGGAUCAUGCGCAUUACAAAUGCUCUUGUGCUUGCAGAUCUGCAUGACAAUUCUGGGGUGGUGAGGUUUUUACACAGGAUACCGACGGAGCCAUCAUCACAGCAGCUGGAGGACCGACGCAAACCGCGUUUCAGAUGUGUGAGUUAUCCUGUGCAGAAGUAUCGUACUCGUACUUCUAAUUGCAUUCAUGCAUUACAAAUCUCAUUCUCAGUGUUUAAAUCCGCAUUACAAAUUUUAUUUCUCAUGCGGAGGAAAUUUGUCAUGCGAUUUAUACUAGUACGAUACUUUUGCAAUGCAUAUGAGUGCGCGAACGCGGAUACAGUGAGUAUAUACGUUUUUCAUCUACUUCUUUUUCAUGUUCUUCACAACAGGAUCUACUUCCUAAGCCUAAGACCACAAGCCAAGGAUUCAUUGUGCUGUGUUGAGUACUGCCUUUUAUUUUGCCAUAAAACGAAAACGAAAACAAAAACAGCGAACUCAACCUUCAAGAUCGGCACCACAGACAAUUGGCUUGAUGCGAGCGUGUGAUGAUGAAAAAUGAAAAUCCCCUGAUUUGCUCCUCUGCCUUGGCUUAGGAAAUUCAAAUGGUUUGUUGAAUGUUGCCUGAUCGUAUUAUAUACUCCGUAUCGUGCACGACCGUAUAGUGGAUUAUACGCACAUCAUUUGUGAAAAUGAAAAUAAAAGCUCUUGAACCUCUUGAAGCCACCACGACGGACGGGUAUCGAUCCGAUCCGAUAGAACAUUUAACCUAUCAAUCCAUGAUAUAAUAGUUAGAGGCGCACGUGCAGCCAGGGGCUUUCGUUCUUUCCCCGUUCAUAUCAGAACUCAGACACCAAGUACGCUACAGACAACAGCAUUGCGAACUACGGCGAGUUAUCCAAUGUAAAUAAAUCUGGGUCUGGAACUUCUACAGUGGAACUUGCGUUGCAUGUCUACUAUGUCUAGCAUUCCUGAAAAACGAAAAUCUGUGUUGCACAUCCAGCAAAUAAGGCGUUGCUUUUUUGUCAUGGUGCACAGAAGACGCAGUUUGUCAUGCGUGCUGGUACAACGCUUUAGAUGGCGUCAAAGGUGGAACUCGUCAUGCUUGGCUGCACUUGAGAGCGCCAGACUUAUCCCUGCUUUAGCAUCACAAGUUUCCAGACCCAGACAUAUUUGCACUGGAUACGAGUAUUGCAAGGCGUGGGAAGACCAGCGGAAUGUAAACAAGGCAGACUUUAUCCUGGAAAAAACACCCAUCCCCAUCCAUUUUUUGCAUGACAAACACUGCAAAUUAUGCAUGUUUUGCAUGACAAAUUGGAUGGGGAUGGGUGUUUUUUCCUGGAUAGACUUCGGCACCGGAACUGCGGGGACCAACACGCGCUGCAACGGCUACUUAUGCAAGAAAAAAAAAACCGUGUAUAGUGUGGGUCUGUGAUGCAGAUGAAAAUGCAAAACAGUUUAGUUUACACUUGUCAUGCCAGGCACCCAAGAUGAAGUCCUCUUUUCAUUUCAUGUUUGUAACGAAGAACUUUCUCACAGCUUUUUGGCUCACGCUUUUACCCUAAGCUUGUCAGAGAAGCUGUUUUUCCCCUUUUUCUUUUUUGAGGCGUUAGUGCAAAGUCACUAAACUACCGCAAGUGCUGUUUUGAUUCAGUAGCGCUAGAGCGUGCGCAGAAGGCAAAUCCUUCACCCAGAACUCCGCCCAUUGUUCCAUUCCUACAAACAGACAAACUUAAUAAACUUUCUCUUUCAUGCGGAUCAGAUUUGUGAUUGUUAAAAAUACUUGAAGACGCCUACACCAACACAAUUUUUUUUUCUUGGAUACCACUACGGCUUGGACCACUGGUGUGCUGAGUCGUGGUGCUACAUGAAAUAUGAAAGCCUCGGGUUGGAAAUCCUCAAAGCGAAAAUAAUUUGUCAUGCAAAAAAACGACUCCAGUUGGAGCUCCGUUUCUAGUCGGCGCAUGACAAAUUUCCCGGGCACUCAAAACGUGUCUGUCAUGCUAGUGAGGCAAAGGGGUGCCGUUUGCCGUUCUCUCAUCUUAAUCAGCAGCCCAAUUCUGAAGCCGUAGAAGCACAAUGAAUUUAAUAGUCGGCCUCCACCAUUGCGUUCUCAGCAAAAACACCGUCUGUUUGGUGUCGCAUUUCAUGCAUCACAAAUUAUUUCCACGUUGCGGAUUUCCAUUCUGAGGGUGUCAUAUGAAGAAAGCCGGGGAAACCGGGGACGGCGCCGGGAAUUUCCAGGGCAAGGGGGAGUAUCAAAUGUAAAAAUGUCUGGGUCUGGAAGAUUCUGAGACUUGUCAUGCAUAUUUUCCAUGACCCGUGAUGUCUGUGAUGCAUGCCCUAGCAUCACAGAUUGUUUAAGGGCUUCGCGAUGCCUAUUUCGCAUGACAAAUGCCCUCUCCGCGUAGCAACAAUUGCACUCCCUUUGCUGCUCAUGCAAUACAGAUUUUUUUGGAAUCCAAACUCAGCAUCACAAGUUACAUUCUUCCAGACCCAGACAUUUUUACAUUUGAUAGGGAGAUAUGGAUUGCAAAUAUCUUGUCUGCAUCUGGGCCGCUUGGGAUUUUUGUGAUGCGAGGAUGUUGUAAGUACCUUCACUACAAAAUAUAA